CUCAGUUACGUGUAUAACUUGUGUCAAGGAGCAUCUUGACUACCAGGUCUUGUACCAUUACUGCAGUCUUUGCCAACGCACCAACCCGACAUACAAUGUCGGGAACAAGCGCUGGUCGACAGCCUGCCGCAGAGAGUCCUUGCCUUAUACACACACGCCAGUAUCGGUCAAUCUACGAGUCAUUGUUAAACUCUCUUACUGCGGUUGGACUCAGCGGCAAGGCGCUCGCAGCAUUGAAGUCGCAGCAGUCACAGCGCCUUUGCGCCUGCUGCCAAGCUCCUCCUCAGCACGAUGAUAAAAUGCUGCUGGACUUAAGUUGGUUGUCUCAAGUACUUGGCGAGGAGGGCACACUCGACUGCUCACCUGCGGUUGCCGUUGGGCACGAGGAGUUCGCACCGUCAAGUGGCUUAAACGACGAGGAGGGUUGGACCGGGAUCACAGCACGGAAGUCUCGCACCGGUGGUAAGCAACAGCACUGUCGGCAGCUGGUGCUCUCCUGCGCAGCUCGCCUGCUGGCCCUUGCGCGCAAGAGGGAACGGCAGCGGCACCAACAGCAGCAACAACAACAACAGCAACAACAGCAGCAGCAACAAGCAGUACUGCUUCUGAACGAACCGGAGCCCGCACAGCAGGACCAACAACAACAGCAGGGGCAGGAGCAGCAAGGCCAGCAAGGCGGAGGGCUGCUGCAGCUCGCACCACCGCCGUACGGCACGCCUGCUCCUCCCGCUGUUCCUCCUGCUCCCCCCGCGCUGCUGCUGCUGCUGCUGGCCCCCAGUGUCCGGCGGCUGGCGGGGCUGGUGGAGGAGGUGUUGGGGCGGCGGGGCAGCUUCCGGGGGUGUGACAGGGGCAAAGCAGUGGGCGGCAGGGGGAAGGCUCCACUGGCGGCGGGUGAGAGGGCGGCGAGCGACUGCACCCGCGCCCGCAGCACCCGCCCUCAACUCCCAGCCGCUGGCUGGGGCACCUGCCCGGGGACUCGCUGGCCGCCCCUGCGAGUGACCCUGAGCGCACUGAGAGGACUGGCCGCAGGCUUGGGCCCCGCGCCGCCGCAUGCUCUGCAGGAGGAGCGGCGCGCAGCGGUGUUGUCCGGGAUCGGAAGCGCCGGCAGCAGGUGCAGGAGCGGCAGCUGCCUCGCUGACGACGAGCUGUUGGAGCUGGCAGACGGGCUCGAGCGCAAGAUGGAGCGAGCGCGGCACCACAAGCAGCAGCGGCAGCAGCGGCAGCCGUCACGACGACACCCCCCCAAGGGGCCCGCAGAGGCACCUAGAGCCCUAGGCAGCGGCGGGGGGAGGGGGGAGAUGCUGGCCGCCUCAACACAUCAGCGAAGUAAAGGGCACCUGCGAUGCGCCGGUCACAGGGAGAAGAGCCGUACGGAAUACUGGAUGUACACCUAGCCACAUGCAGCUGCACUGCGGUGUCGUUGUUGUGUCGGAGGGGAUGUAGAUUGUUGUGCCGAAGACAUGUUUGAGUUAGUACACAUGUAAGCGAGCAGGGUGGGUUGACGCUGGGUGAGGUAGGGGCGGAAGGGCAGCAGAGGCCCCAUGCGCGCGUGGGUGGGUGUACAUGAUAACUCCUUUGGGAGUGAGGAAGGGGACGGUUUUUCGGCUUUCCUGUUAUACCGUGGUUUAGGGAGGUACAUAAGGUGGCGCAAGACUGUAUUCUUACCGCCCUUGUGGCUUGUGGAAAUCGUUGAAUCAGAUUGAAUCAGAUGAGAAGCCACGGAAGCCAUGUGUCCUUGAGGCCGCCAUUCUGCGCAUUUUAGUUUCGGGGUCCGCGGCGUGCUGCUGCCGGCGGCGGUGCUGCGGGUGACGCAGUACGGUUGGUUCAAGCAGCUCGUCCGUUGCAACUAGAUCCCUGGAGCAGGCGUCGUUAUGCACACGUCGUUCGAGGUAAGAUGCGAACCUGGGCUGUCUGGGCUUGUGCAGCGUGCAAGCGACCACCGGAAGACCACCGGGGAUUAGUGCGACUUGGAUCGUCAUGUAUGUAUGGUGUGAAGCAACUGCGCCGCGUAACUGUACUGUACUACCUAUACAUGUAUGUGUAUUAAUAAAUGACCCAUGGGUCCGUGGUCCAACUUUUGCUGCUGGAGGAACCGCAACCUGUAUCUUGAGGUGUUGCGCAUUGGAGGAGAUUGGGAUUUGCAGCUGUGUAGGAUGGCAAGGUGGUUUGUGAUGUGAUGAAAUGUAACAGCUUGUGUUUUGGCCUUGCUGAGAUCCAAACAGCAGGCAAUCAGUGUGUCCCCCUUACACUGCCAUGCAAUGGGGUGCGGCUCAUCGACAAAAACGCUGUCGACUUGUACCUGGCCCCCCUGAACCUGCCCCCCAUUCCCAGCACAUUGCC